GGAGGGAGGGGCCUGCAGGUGAGGGACCUGGGCGCCCCCUCCCCAGCCAGCCCCGCCCUCGCCCUGCCUUGGGGAGAGCCGCGCGUCCGCCAUGGAGGCUGCUUGGGACCUCUCUUUUUGGAUUGCUGGGGUGGUGGUGGCGGCAUCUACCCUGCUGUUGCUUUUUAAAGCAAUGGGACCUAAGGCAAAAAGAGCUCUGGUGACCUUACAAGAUCCAAAUAUCAAGUAUCCCUUGCCGUUGAUAGAGAGAGAGGAGAUCAGCCACGAUACCAGGAGAUUUCGGUUUGGUCUACCCUCAUCAGAACACAUAUUGGGGUUACCUGUAGGCCAGCAUGUAUAUAUCUCUUCCAAAGUUGCUGGAAACCUGGUGAUCCGGGCCUACACUCCAGUUUCUAGUGAUGAAGUGAAAGGUUAUGUAGAUUUAAUUAUUAAGGUUUACUACAAAAAUGUUCACCCUAAGUUUCCAGAAGGUGGAAAGAUGUCCCAACAUUUGGACAGUAUGAAGGUUGGCGAUACCAUUGACUUCAGAGGGCCUAAUGGGCUUCUGGUGUACAAGGGUUCAGGUAAAUUUUCUAUCAAGCCAGAUAAGAAGUCACAAGCAAAGAUAAAGCAUGUAAAACACCUUGGAAUGAUAGCUGGAGGAACAGGGAUUACUCCAAUGCUUCAGUUGAUCCGUCACAUCACAAAGGACUCCAGUGAUAAAACAAAGUGUUUCCUCCUUUUUGCUAACCAGACAGAGCAAGACAUAUUGCUAAGACCAGAACUGGAAGAUGUAGCAGCAAACCAUCCAGAGCAGUUUAAGCUGUGGUACACUUUGGACAGACCACCUCAAGGAUGGAAAUAUAGUUCUGGCUUUGUUACUUCAGACAUGAUAAAGGAACAUCUCCCUCCUCCCGGCGAUGACACACUGAUUUUGAUGUGUGGGCCUCCACCUAUGAUCCAGUUUGCUUGCCAGCCAAAUCUUGAAAAGCUUGGUUAUGCUAAAGAAAGCACUUUUGCUUAUUAAAUUUGGAGUGGUAUCUUGCAUCUGUGAAUGGGCUCCAGUAACAAAGUACUUAGAUGUUUGACAUAUGAUCAAAUAAAUAACUCUCUUUAGUUCUU